CAGUGAGGGGCAGUGGUGACAGGCAGUGAGGGGCGGUGAGGGGCGGCGGUGACAGGCAGUUGCCAGGCAGUGAGGGGCAGGAGGCUGCCGUGUUUGGGGGGGGGGCUGUCCUGGGGGCUGAUCCCGGCCAAAGCCGCGAUGGAAGGAGGAGAACACCAGGAGGAAACACUCCUGAGAAAACACCGCAAAGAGAGGAAGGACUUACAGGCAAAAAUACAGGGGAUGAAAAAUGGUGUCCCUAAAAAUGACAAAAAGAGAAGAAAACAGCUGGUGGAAGAUGUGGCGAAACUCGAGGCAGAGCUAGAACAGAGACAUGAACAGGAGCUUGAGCAGCUCAAUCAGCCCUUUGAGAAGUCAAGUACGGUUGAAUCUUUUACUAAUGGAAUAAAAAAUUUAGAGCUGGAAGCCAGUGAUGAGAAGGAAGCUAAGUCUCGAGUAUCAAAGGCACAGAAAAGAAGGGAAAGAAAAGCUGCACAGGAUAAAGAAAGGGAAGAGAGAAUAGCCGAGGCUGAAGUGGAGAACUUAAAAGGAGCCAGGCACUUGGAGAGUCAGAAACUUGCUGAAAUCCUUGCUAAGAGGCACUUGCAAAUAAAGCAAAUCCCAUCUGAUGGCCACUGUAUGUACAAAGCAACUGAAGACCAGCUGAAGAAACGAGACAUCUUUUUAACACUAGCAGAGCUAAGGGCACAGGCAGCUGAAUACAUGAGGAGUCAUGUAGAUGAUUUCCUGCCUUUCCUGACCAACCCUAAUACAGGAGACAUGUUUUCAUCCGAGGAAUUUGAAAAGUACUGUGAUGAGGUGUCCAGCACGCCGGCAUGGGGUGGACAGCUUGAGUUGAGAGCUUUAUCACAUGUUCUGAAAAUGACAGUGGAGGUUAUACAGGCAGAUUCCCCUCCAAUAACAAUAGGUGAAGAGUACAGAGGGACACCAAUCAUUCUAGUGUAUAUGAGACAUGCAUAUGGAUUAGGAGAACAUUACAACUCUGUAGAGCAACUGACCGACAAACCAACAGAAGAUCCAUAAUAAAUAUUGCAGUAUUUUUCCAUCUGAAUUUUCAGUUUUUACAUCUUAAAGUAUUUGGACCUUUUCAGUUUUUCCAUUUUUCUGUAUGGGCUGAAAAAAUUGUUUAUUUGGAUUUUGAUUUCUCUGCUUCGAUGGAUGAUUCAGUCAGGAGAAGAUGAGGAAGCUCCAGUUGAUGUAACGGAAGAUGAAUGAAGAUUUAUACAUUCAUUACUUAAUCUGUUCACGAGCUUUGGUAAUUCCAGUCAUCUUGCUGUUUCGGUAUAUGCUGUGCAUAUUGAGACAAAAAAAAUUGUAGAUCCAGAAAGGAAAAGGGAUGAAUCCACUGAUUUUCUCAGGCCUGUUUUAAUUUUUCCAGGAACUUUACAGUAAAAAGAGGUUGUCAAGUUCAUUUGUUUAAUUGUAUUUAACACUCAGCACCAUGUCACAAAUGUGCUAAACUUAUAUAUUUAUUGGUGCCAUUGUGAAAACAAACUCUGGUGAAAUGCAGAUUUUAACGGUGCGCACGUCUUGGUUCGAUCGUACAAGAUUUUAUUUUCAGGGAUGACUUUGAAUUGAAGCAACAAUAAAAGGUCAAUGUAUCA